AUGGCGGAGAUCGUAGGGUUGAGUUCUGGCGUUCUAGCCCUGGCCGCUUCUGCCCUGAAGUCCAGCGCGAAGCUUUACGAAACGAUCAAAGACAUCCGCUCCCAUCCACAUCAAGUUCGAGAGCUCCUCACGGAGCUCGCAAGCCUGAAUUUGGUCCUUCGAAAGCUCUCUGAGACCGGCGAUCUCCAGCUUGACGUUGAUCUUACAGCUCUCACACUCACGCUUACACAGUGCCGACAGUCAUGUGAUGAGGUUGAAGCCCAGCUGCUUGAUUCCUGCUCACGCUCUAGCCCUGACCGGACAAGCUUCCGCGAUUGGGCUAAACUGAAGUUCAACGGGAGCGAUGGUUUGGAAGGCUUUCGGCAGCAGCUGAUUAGACACAACUCCACCAUCACAGUUGUCAUAAGCUUCGCGAAUCUCCGCACGUCUGCUACGAGCACCCAGGCUAUACAUGCCUGUCGAGAGUUGAUCGCGAGUACAACAGCGAUUGAACAGACCGAGGUCGAAUUCUUUGAGAGCGAUAGCAGUUCAGCAAGCGCCCAGGCCCAGGUCUCAACCUCCCAAAUGUUGUUCGGUGAAGGAGUCGAGGGGAUCAAACAUCACAUGCACUUCACACUUCGACAGCUUGAGCAGCAUCGGAAGAAGAUUGCAGACAGCCUGGUAAGCGGCUUGAAAACACCCAUGUCAGCGCAAGACCAGACCUCGCUCGAUGACCUCGAGAGACAAGCGAAUACUCUGAGACAGUGCCUGGGCCUCUGCUCGAAUGUCGAUUCUGUAUUGGAGUCGCAAGUCAGCAAUAUCGAAAACCAUGCAGAAGGCGACGACACGAUUCAGUUCAUGGUAUCAACAGAUGGCAAGACGAUCAACGGCAAAAACCGAGCCGUUGGCAAGAGACUCAAGCAAGCUGGUGGUCAUUUUGGCGAAGACUCUCUUCAACAGGUCUCCCAGGAUUUCAAAGCUGUCAGCAUUCACUACGCCGACCUCCAAGAGCACACCCCUGAGCGAUCAGCAAUGGAGCCUGGCACUCACGCUGCGACGGCUGGAACAGACUCGACUUUCGGGCACCGGCAUGGGCCAGGUGUUACGCUCGCUAAGCAACACAUGCCUGGCGCUGCCGGUACUGGUCAGACUGGUGGUUGA